GAACUCUUAAGGAAGCAUUGAAAUAUUAUCACUGAUAGAACAAAAUGGUUCAAAUUCAACACCAUCGAAGCCGCUUUUCAAGGAGACAAGUUUAAUUUGCUGUGGUUAUUGCUACUUCAGCGCAAAGUAAAAGUAUUAUCUGACAAGAAUCAAGGUUUCAUGCAUACAUAGAGUGGCCAAAGAAAUAAAUAAUCAAGUAGCAUCAUGACCAACUUUUCGCAUCAAGUGAAUUUGCAGCAUAGAAACACCUAAUAUAAACGAAUUAUUUUGAUCAAGAAUGCAUUUCCUCUGACAACGGACAACGCACGACAAAUCAAUCAUAUGACUAAAGAUUUAGGAAGUGGAACAUAGCUGAUAAAUGAAAUUUUCAUGUACGCGCUCCCGAAUGAUUUCAUGAAUCUACCAAGAUUCGCAGAGACAGGAAUUAGUGCAAUCUAUUUCACAACCGAGAGAAUAAACAGAGCGAACGAAGCGAUGAAUUGCGGCAUAAGUCCGGCGUACACGAAUAACCUACGCACCAGCAACGGCGCGACGGUUGGUGACAUGCGGCCGUGGUAGAUGGUUCCUCGAGCAGACCGAUAACGAAGCCUAUUGCGAGCGUGGUUCCCAAAAUUAACAAGAAAAAAGAUCCCGCCGCGCCCAACUAUGACCUGAAACCACCCGAAGAUGAAGGCACGGCUGGUACCUGGGCCAGCCCGGUCCCAGGUACCAGCCAAGAAGCUAAAAAAAGCACACGGUUCUCCAAACCUGUGCGUUAUUGGUACAUUCCUCAUUCGGAACCAAGAAGCGUCAGUCCCACGCUAGUGCUUAGCCACGACACGUCCCCUCCAGAGCUUCCCCCUAAGCCAACACGAAUCUCGACGUUGCCGUUGCCACGGACAUCACACAACCACGGUCACGUUCCAGCAGCCACGGUAGCAACCAUCGAGCGUACAGCUUCCUUCACUGAUAAACUCCACAAUCCUCAGCCAACGCACUUCACUUUCGACAAUUUUGGUCCAUUGGCCGCCCCCAGCGACUCUUCCGCAGAUCCUCCGCCUCUCACUCCUUCCAGUGUGCGAUUCCGUCAAGGGCCUUCCCUUGAGCCGAAAAGGCUAGAAAACCUCCCUAACAUCCGUCUCCUUCAUUCAAAUGUCUUUGGUCCAGGACUUAACCCUAAUUUGGCUUGUGAUCCAUGCAAACUUCCAUCUUUCGAUCAUAAAGAACUUCAUAAUUCACCAAAGCCUACCCAAAUACCGAAUUUAUACUCAGCCUUUGGCAAGGAACGCGCCGCGUCUCCUGACCAUACCAAGACCCUGACGACGGGUGAGUUCAGGAGGUCUAAUCAAACGGCGUCUGCAGCGCCUGCUGCUGCUGCUGGGGCCGUACAAAAGUCUGCUUCUUCUGGACAGGAAAUUGCCCUGCAGGAAUUGCAGCACCAUCUUCAGACAUGCCGCUGCACCUGUAACCAUCUCGGCUACGGCAACUAUCAGAGUCUGCCGCGACCGAAUGGCGGAGCGAACGGCCACUGGGCUCGCAGUUCCGCAGUACCCUACGACCCCCGAGCUGCGGCCGCGAGUUUUGAUCAACGUUGCGUGGGCGCAGCCGACAUGAGAGGCUCGGCUACGCAUCCUUCAGACGAUCCGAGUAUCGGUGCUUACCGAUGCAAGGCAGCCUCAACCAUCCUCAGAGGAGGCAGUUUGGGUAAUUUGCUCAGCGAUGACCAAGAUGAAGCCAUGAGAGUAAGAAGCAUCGAAAACUUCAUCGCCGAAGAACGCACCCGGGGCCUCGACGUUGGUGUGGACGGCGCCAAAGAACAACAAGCAGCAGGCGUCUGGCAAAACCUUGGCGGCACUGACAAGCGCGACAUAUGGGGCAGCAGUAGCCGGCUAGAAGACGAAAAGAAUUCCAUGGGGUCUAAGGAGAGCUCUCGAGAGUGGGGCAGUUUAGGAAGUCAACUCACCGCUACAACUUUAUCAACUCCCACUCGUUAUGGCAAUAAGAAAAUUAAUUCGAGAGCCAAUAGCGGUGAUUUAUCGCACAUCGAAAAUCUUCGAGAAGAGGCAAUUGACUCAUUAAAUGUACAGAAUCAGUACGCAGCAGAAGCUAGUUGUAGAGCAGCGCAUCGCUUACAACCUCUGCUUCUUCAGUCAAACUACCAUGAUGAAGCCCCAGCAAAUCGUGCCAAAACUUUAAAGAACGCAGAAUCACAAACGAAAAUCUCUCGAACAGGCUCAACAUUUCUCACUGGAGUUAGUGAUAUAGUUGGAGGGAUCAUUGGGAUGCGAUCGUCAUUUGGAAAUAGAUCCGUUAGAAGACGCAGUAAAGCUAAGCGCAAAGCAUCCGUAGAUCAGAGAGUCUUGUCAAAAAGAAAGGUGAGCUUCGGAAAUUUUCGUGGGCGGAGAAAACGAAGUGCAGAGACCAGCAGCACCGAAUUUAUCGAUGAAGGCGGAUUUGGUGAUAAUGCCAGAGAAGGCCAUCAGAGAGAUGGCAUCCAGAUGGCGUCGGGUGCAAGUGGCAUAUUAGUUGAGAGAAGUGGCGUAGUGAGAGAACGUUCUUUAGACAGUGAUACCAGACGGACAGAUGCUCAUUCUGUGGUAACAAUGAACAAGAGUGACAUUGAGCUGGAAAAAAGAUGUAGGAGUUUGUCAAGAAGAAGUAUAAGAGUUGAAAGCGGCAGUAAUGCUGUUGGUUCGUCGCCUGACAGAAGCGGUCGCUAUCACGUCACCGAGUACAGCUUUGACCAGCCGGACUCGCCCUUCGAGGAAGACAAGUACGAGUCCAACGCUCCAGCGACAUGCAACAGGAGAGGUGUGUGGUGGCGGCAGUGGUGCGCCGUUGCGUGCGUGUUGCUCGUGUCCGGCGCUGUGGUGCUCGCCAUCGCCUUGCCUCUGUCAACGCAACCCCAGCCAGCAACACGCGCUAUAGACAGAGUGUUGCUCGACACGCCUCUCAUAGACGGGCACAACGACCUGGCCUGGAACUUACGUAACUUCCUACACAACAAACUUGCCAAGGUUGACCUCAACCGCAACCUGAGUGGCGAGGACCCGUGGCAGAGCAGCACGUGGUCCCACACAGACCUGGCCCGUCUCAGGGCCGGCAGAGUUGGUGGUCAGUUCUGGGCGGUUUACAUCCCUUGCGGCGCCCAGUUCCUGAACGCCGUGCAGCUCGCGCUCGAGCAGAUCGACCUCAUCAAGCGCAUCAUCGCGCAGUACAAGAACGUGCUUGCCUUCGCAACAUCGCACGACAGUCUGUUAUCAGCGUACCGCUCAGGCCGGGUGGCAAGCCUCCUAGGUUUGGAAGGCGGCCACCUCAUCGGAUCGAGUCUGUCGCUGCUGCGCAUGUAUUACGACCUCGGUGUACGCUACCUCACACUCACACACACCUGCAACACACCCUGGGCCGACUCCUCAACGGUCGACACACCCGGUCACCAGCCUGAGAACUUCGGCCUCACUGACUUCGGAGCGAAGGUGGUGCUGGAGAUGAACAGGCUGGGCAUGAUGGUGGAUCUGUCGCACGUCUCGCAGCAGACGAUGCGCGACACGCUCGCCGUCUCGCGCGCUCCCGUCAUCUUCUCGCACUCGUCCGCUGCUGCGCUGUGCGCGAGCGAGCGCAACGUCCCCGACGACGUCCUGCAGCAGAUGAGACUCAACGGAGGCAUCGUAAUGGUGAGCUUCUACAACCCCUUCCUGACCUGCAACGAGACUGCCACUCUGCAUGACGUCAUCCGGCACAUCAAGCACAUCGUCAAGGUUGCUGGAGUUGACCACGUGGGCAUCGGUGCGGACUUCGAUGGCAUCAACAAAACCCCGCGCGGUCUGGAGGACGUGUCCAAGUAUCCGGCGCUGCUGGAGGAGCUGCUGCACGAGGGCUGGACCGAGCCAGACGUGGCCAAGGUGGCGGGUGGCAACUUCCUCAGGGUCAUGAGGGAAGUGGAGAAGGUCCGGGAGGCGAUGUUGACAAGACCUCCAUAUGAGGACCACAUUCAUCCCGACUAUCUGAGGGACAAGACUUCCUGCUGGUGGACGUGACACGAGACUCCUGCGCUCCUACCAUAUGGAAUCCUGGUGGCGUUUCAGUCCACGAGAUCCCAUAAGGAAUCAUGCGAGGGCUUCAUUCUACGAAACUCCUUAUGGAAUCUUGGCAGCGCCGAACUCUACGAGAUUCCAUAUGGAAUCUUGGUAGGGUUUCAUUCCAAAAAAAUAUCAUAUGGAAUCUUGCGAGCGUUUAAUUCCACGACACUCCAUUUGACAUCUUGGUAGCGUUCUACUCCACAAAACUCCAUGUGGAAUCGUGCUAGCGUUUCAUUCCACGAAACUUCGUUUGGAAUCUUGGUGGCUCUGCACUCCCGAGAUGCAACUAAAAUCAAACGCUAUCUGCAGUUGCUGGUAAAUUAAUCGUCUUGCAAGGCAGCAGGAGAACUCGAGAGCUUUAAGAACUUCUAGAGAGCUCGUUACUGCUGAAUUGUUUACGUGUAAAAAUUGGAAGCCGAUUGAAAAGCAUCAAUCAAAUCCCAUGCUAAUACUCAGUAUUACAGCCUUUUGGAACCAUUUGGCAAAUAGUUAACACGGAAAUAACAUUCCGAUUUAAACAAAGGUUCCAAUGAGCGACGAAAAACACACGACACAGCAUUUCCCACACGAGAGAACGCAUAUGCUCUUGAAAAACUAAAAUAAAAACACUAAAGAUUGCGUUUGGACGAAAUUCCCAAGCAAACAUCCAGAUUUAGACCAGAAUUUCAAGCAGUUUUCCAUGCUUUAACCAAGCCAAGCUCAAUUAAUGCCACGCUAACCUUCACUAGCUGAUGGUGGUUUAAAUUUUUCUCAAGAGUUUUGUGUCGUCAUACUUGAACAAUUUCAGUCGUUCAAAUAAUAACUUGAUGAUUUUAACGGAAAAAUGAUUCAUCUAAAACUUCCUAAGGAAUAAUCAAAACCUACAUUUCGCACGUCCUACCAAAAGAUCUUGCAUAACAAUUAAUUCCUCAUUACUUAAAAACAUGAAAACAAUCCAAUAAAGACUUGGUGCACAAUUCAUGUUUUCACCAUAAAUUCAAUCCCGGCCGAGGCGAAUAAUAUAGACGUCGCUCACGUGACGCUACCACUAACUCCAAAUAAUGACACUUACGGCCCUUAAAUUUGGAAUAAUGCGUAUACUAUACACAUAUUUCACACAUACAUUUGUUAUUAUAGUGCAAAGACAUAAUGAUGAUUGCCGGCAGUCUAUGACUUAACGAAAGUAAUAUACCGACUCGUUAUCUAUAUCGUGAAACUGCAUUUGCUGAUAUUCCAGGGUAUCCUAAUACUGACAAACCAUGCAGGGAUGAUCACUCCGAGGCGGGAUGAACACGACCGUGUAAGUCGCAUUGUUGCAAUAACAAAUCAAUGAAAACGCGCAACUUCACAGUUAUUCGCUCUCAGUCCUGCCAUCUGUAUAGCUCAUCGAUCAAAAUACGGGCCUUGUGAAGGUAACAGCCUUCCGCAUGUAGAGCUUAUCGGUGAAGAACGGGGCCUCCAGUAGAGCUGAUUAGUUAAAACGGGACUUUGGUAUAGCUGAUGGUUAAGAAACGGGCCUUCUUUAGAACGUAUCGAUCAAAAAACAUGCCCUCUGAAAAAAUGGGCCCUCUGAAAAAUUUACAUUCUACAAUCUACAUUCAAAUUUAUCGAUAAAAAACACGAGCGUUCUACAGAACUUAGCGAUCAAAAGGGUCUUUUUUAAAGCCGAUCGUUUAUGCAAGCGGCAAGUUCCCGAAUUAGAGCGGUAUUACUGUAUUACCGGCCACCGGUGGUCAUCGAUAAUCCGUCUAUACAGUUUAUCACUUUUAUUGAGAGGUUUCACUCGUGCCCAAUGUCGGUAGAGCAGCACAGUAGAUAGCGCAAGAUCUAUGCACUUAUGUAUAUCCACAAUGCUUUUUCAGUUUCAUGAACUUAGUAAUUUUUUGGAAUUCACUACAAAACCAUAUGCAUUCCCGUCUUAAAUCUGUGAAUCCUGGAAUAUGAUGUUUGAAUAUGAUGUCUUUUAAUUUAAUAGUAAUUAGAUCCAUAAUUAUUCUAGUGAAGCAAACAAAUUUUACAUGCCCUAAUAACUUCUCAAAAUUAGCGGAGAGUGCUAAUUAAUCAGAAAAUUAGUAUUAAUAAGUCCAGGAUAAAUAUAUUGUGGAGAUGUGUGUAAGGUAUAGAAUACUUGUUAUGGAUUUAAAAUAACUUGAGGUUUAUAGUACUGGGUUCGUUACGUUUCUAUCUUGUAUUCUAUGGCAUGCGGUUCUCCCUUGCACCGUCGUUCUGUUCUAUGUCAAUGUGACCGCCAAAGUGUACAGAAAAACAAUACAUUUUAAUACAUGAAGCU